AAUUUUUCAUUCACACACUUUGUCAGCAAAUCUUUCUGAAGUAUAAAUCAAUAUGACAUUUUUUUCAUUAGUUUUGACUCCAAAUGAUGUAAAUUCGUGUGUGAAUAUGUUUCGACAACAUUCAGAGACUUUAUGUCCAAAAUGUGGAAUCAAUAAAACUAUAACAGUGAAAAAGACAUUACGUCUCACCAUGGCCGUAAUAGACAUUGAUUAUGGAGCAUUUAUUCGACGGCCAAUGGACUGGACAUUUGAAUAUGAGACACCUCAAUUUGUGUUAAACAAUAGAUUUAAGUUCACUUUGAAAAUAAAACCAUCUACAAGCGAUCAAGAAAUAAUAGUAUGUCACUUACAUGAAGUAAGGAAAAUACCAAGUCGAUAGUUUGAAAGGAAAUAACAGGACUAAAGGAUGAGAACUAUGAAACAUUGGAGGGAUACAGUACAGCAGAAUAUGAGAAAAUGGGAAAAAGUGACAGUUAUUAUUUACUGCUAAGAAUUGGAAAAUUAAGAAGCUAUUAAAUAAGAAGGUAAUUACAAUAAAAGAAUGUUCAACCUCUAUAUUAUAAAAAUUAAAUAGAAAUUAAAU